AUGAGCCGGAUGCUAAGGAAGUACGCUACUGAAGGAAAACGUUUUUUAACGCAGGUUAAAGUGUCAACAUUUUGGUUGAAUUGCAAUAUGAACUACACCGUGUUGUUGCGAGGAAUAAAGUGAAUUUUACAUUUGUACAUCCUUACAGGCCCUUCAAAUAAAUCCAGGAGAUGCGAUUUUGUAUAUGCAUGGUCUAAGUAUCGAGGAUGUAUCCUUUGGCGGUUUCAAUUUUAAACCCUCUCACCAACCACUUGUAUGCUCAAAUUUCAUGUUUUCACAGGAUUUAAAUUUCCCCUAUACAGACUCGUGAGAAAAUUUAAGUAAUUAACUUGGUUCAAAUAUGUACGUAUAAAUAAAAUUGUUGUCAAGGAUGUGCCUUUAGAAGAUCUGAACUUCCAACCUCCGACCGCUUAUAUGUUGUCAAAAAUGUCGGCAAAUACUUUACCUAUUUUAGUAUUUUUUUUUUUAAUCAAUCUCUUAUCAUUAUAAAAAAAAAAAAAAAAACGAAUUAUAGUAACGGUAACAAGUCAGCGAAGGGAAAAUUCGAUUGACAGAGUUCUGUUUCACGUGUUUUUUUUUUUUUAGAAAGUCAUUUGAUUUUCUCAAGAGUUUUCAUAAUAAAUGGGAAAUAACCGGGAAAAUGUACGAUAUUUAUUAUUUUCAAAUCGUAUAUAGUUGUACAAAUAUAUAUUGAAUUUCGCAUUUAUCUUCUCAUCUACACCAGUCAUCGCCAUCGUGCAAAUUAUGUCCGAUUUUUUAAAAAAUAUUUAGCGUAUUAACGAAUAGAGGAUCUUCAUUGGCGUUUUAUUUCCAACAUUGUAUUUAAUAAUAUUAUGAGAGAUUUAACAUCUGAACAGGGUCAAAGAAUAAUAAUAAAAAAAAAUACCACGAUUGCUUAUCUGAUAUAACAAUGAUUAAUAUCCCCGUAUAAACGCUAACAUUAAAUAGAAUUUAUUUUUUUCAGGGUCCACGCAAUUCAAACAAAAACGUAGCUAUAAUAUAAUGUCGUGGAUAUACGCAUUUACUAGACGCGUGUAUUCAAUAAAUUUUCAAUUCCUUACUCGUAAUAAUUUUUCUUUUACGAGCACUUAAAAUAUUGGAAAACGUAUUAUAUAUAAGUAUAAUAAUAGUAUAAUGCGACCGUUAUAACUUCUCUACCCAGCAGUCCUUUCGGAAUAUUGUUAACCGAACUCGAUUCUUUAUACUACGCCGUUGCUUCAUACACAAUCACGACACAGCUGGACAGUUAGCUUUACAGAUCCUAACUUAGAAUUGUGUUGAAAAAGGUAAGAUAAUGUGGACGGGUGCAGCCACUGGUGUAGAUGGGAAGUUGGGAAGGUAGGAUAUAGACGGGAAUUUAAUGUAAAUCUGUAAGCAGCGAUAAACGAUAAACCAUUACUUACGAAAAAAUGAUUCUGAACGGAGUUUAGUUAUUAAUGAUGCUUUGUCAACAAUAUAUAGUGAAUAGUGAAAUAAUUAAUAAGGCCUUAUAUAUUUUUUUUAAUUAAAGUUAUUUAAUGUUGUACCGAUUUUUUCGGUUUUUCACAUUUGUUGGGAAAAAUAUUGGGAAAAUCAAAAAAAUAACCUCUCUAAAGUACCAACAUACUGUGACGAUGUUUUGGCGAUUUAUAUAGGCACUCACAGGCCGAACAGAAAUGCUUAAAAUUGAAUAAUGUUUCGUUAAUACGUUUUAACUAUUAGUGGGAAAAAAACGCGUUUUUUUUAAAUGUUUUAAGUUGAAAUUUUGACAAAAGUCGUAUAAACUACGGCGUUUCAAAACAUAUUUGCCUAAACGGCACGAGAGAAGCAUGGAAUUCGAAAAAUAUAGUCGGAAAGGUGUGGAUAUUUUAGAAACAUGGUUUCAACAAAAGAUUCAAGAAUUUCAAUAAACACUAAAAGAAAACAAAAAAAAUUAAUAAACGUUUUUUACUUUUGCAUUUUGCGGGUAUUUUCGUUUUGUAUCUGCAACAAGCAGGUACCUUUUAGAUAAUCGAGCUGUCCAAAAUAAGUUUGUAAUUCGCACCAAAAUGAAUAUCUAUAUAUUCGAGAUUAUUGAGCAUUGGAUUGGUAAAGUGUUUAUUCGAUUGACCCACAUUGGUAUGAUAGAUCAUUUUAGCCGACCUAUACUACUAUUAUUAAAAAUCUGAAAAUUAUUGUUUUCUUUAAGACAACUUUAUCUUAACAAUAUUCUGUUUCUAAAGAACGAAUUUAUUAAUAUAUCCUGGUUUUAUAAAACAUUAUUAUUACAUUAUUUGAUUGACAUUUUCAUCAACUUUCAUCAAUUUGUAUAUAAUUAAAUUUUCUCACUUAAAACAAUAAUAAUAAUGUGUAUAUUAUUAAUUAAUGUAUAUUAUAUUUAUAUAUUUUAUUUCAGAGAUUCCUGACUACCGCCACCUUAUCUGGCAAUCAUAUCAAAAUUUGACGUCCGAUUAUCGCGUCGUAAUCGCGCAGUUUAUUAUUUCUACCAACUACUAAUAUAAGUAUUUCCGACUUGUCAUUUAUAGCGCAAAAAUAUUAAAUUAUAUUUUCGUCUAAAAUAAUAUAACUAUUAUUUAAUAUGUCUGUAAUAUAUUUUUGUUAUGAGGUAGGUUUUAAGUCAAGACUGGCGUACCAUAAAACGGUGUAAAAAGGUAAGUGAAAUAACCACUCGAAAUCGAAACGGAAUAUUAUACUGCACACUUUAUAUCAAACCGUACUAUCACAGGUAUAGCGCAACAAUCAUCGGGACAUGUUUAUUAAAUUCAUAAUAACAGUUAGUACCAUUGUUAUGUGCAGAAAAUAAUAUUCUAUUGCCCAGAAUUGUUGCAACGAAACCUAAGCAUUUUCUCGUUGUCAAAUUUACUUCAUCGCGUUUCGGUCCACUCUGGGAGUACUUAGUGCGAAUCGGCGACGGUGAACGCAUUACCGAUGACGGACACUUUAACACCGAUCCCGGUCGAACACGUUCACCUCGUAUCACAACAUAUCGACCGUCGCCGGUCACCCCGUGGCGCCCAAUCGAACCCAUUGACAAAGUAUUCAUACAAAUCGACAGCGGAGAUCAUUGCACGCCUUCGUCGCCCAAUCCGUCCGCAAAACCGUCGGUUUCCCGGUGGAACCUGGCAUUUGGCGGGCAUUUUCGCUUUGUGUCUGCAACACAAGCCGGUACCUGUUGCAAGCUAUCGGGCUCAAACACGCUGAAUGCCCGAAAGACCGCAAGAACGUAAAACGUUCUGGUAGGUUGGCUUCGGUGCUUCGGGGCAUACAACUGGUCUGCAUUUGCGGCGACACCGGAGCUGUACAAACGCUUGAGCGUCCGCCAGCAAAAAGGCGAGAACGCGUAUCCGUCGACGUACCGGUGGAUGAAGAGGAAUUUGCGCUUAAAUCGACAUCACGCCGACCGUCGUCCACCGGGCUGAGAAACGUUUGUAGGGCGGAAACGUGGACGAACCUGUCAUCUAAAGAAUUAAUCGACCAGUUAAGCUAGCUGAUUGAGGACGACGAAUUAACCGGCAUUACUGCUGGCAACAGCAUAUCGUAAACAGACUUGGAUAUGACAUGCAGUCACCCUACCGGCUGGAUAUAUGCCCAACGGGAUUUCAUAGACUUUGCCUUGGUUGGGUAGUAAGUUGGCGUCCAGUCAGAGUUUGUCGAGCAAAAAGUCCAACGAAACGUCUGAUAAAGACAACAGUGUCAACAGGGGCUGCGAUUCCAAUGACGUCGAAGACGACUACGUUAACUAAGGCGUUGUCGUUCUCAAAUGCAAUAAAUCCGACGAUUCUACGCUCCGAUCCACGACCCGUGUUCUUCGGACCGUGCCGGAAAAGGACGAGGAAUGUUCGACCAAGUCAACAUCACCAUAACUAUCGUCCACCGGUCCGCGUAACGUUUGUACUGCGGCAACCAAAUACGUGA